AUGAACCUGCUUCUCUUCUUGACCUUGCUUGGUUUCGUCUGUGCUGCAAACACACCCAAGCUGGCCGACCAUGACAAAUGGAAGUGCCAACCGUGUGUGGCUACCGCCCAGAUGUUCAAGUUUGGAAUCACAGCUACUCGCUACACCCCUGAGCUCUACUACAAGCAACAGUGUUCCAACAAGCCAUAUCUUCAGACUCUUCUCAAGUGCAUGCAAGAUCAUACCGAUGAGGUUCGAGGUCGAAAGAUGCUGGAGAAGUUGGUCGGAAAGAGAUGUGAGGAAAACGGCUUCGAAUUGAACAUUGAGGAUUUGGAACCUAUUCCAGAAUUGGUCACUGUGGCUCCUGAGAACAUCAACAAGACUCAAACCGCGCCUGUUGUGGUCCCUGAAGAGAUGUAUGCUCCUUCCUACAAGUCGUACUCAACCUACUUUCACCAGACUGACAUGGGAACUUAUUUGGGAGUCGGCCUCUUAUCUUACUGGACUCUAGUUCUAGUUGUGGGAGCCUUUGUCAACCUCACAAGAACUUAUCUGUUCCCAAUCAUGUGCAAAUUGACUGGUCUUCAUAUCAACACUAUUCGAAAACACAUUUCACUGCCAGCUGCUUUUGGAUACAAACACUCCCAGCCUUUUCGAGUCCUCCAAGGCAUCUGCUCAAUGUGCAUGCCUACCCGAGUGCAGUCUGUGAUUGUUACUCUGUACGUCAUGUUUGCAUUCAUUGCCUGUUUCCCUGGCUACAAGAUUUUUGACGAGAAUACUGUUUUUGAGAGCCACGCGACCCAGCUCAGAAGAUAUCUGGCCAACCGAACAGGUAUUCUUGCCUUUGCUCAACUGCCUCUGCUCUUCCUGUUUGCUGGAAGAAACAAUAUCAUGAUGUGGGUCACUGGCUGGUCCUUUGACACCUUCAAUGUCUACCACCGAUGGAUUGCUCGAACAAUGGUUGCCCUCGCUAUUACUCAUGGCGUAACCUACACAAUUUUGACGGGAAAGUUCCUCUCCUCAUCCUACCCUGAGCUCUACUUCUUCAUGGGAGUCAUUGCCGUCAUCUCUGGCUCCUUCAUGUGCAUCCAAGGUCUCCAUUUCUUCCGAUCCAGAUGGUAUGAGGUUUUCCUGAUUAUCCACAUUAUUCUGGCUGUGCUUUUUACUAUGGGUGUUUGGUUCCAUGCUGAUGAUGUGGGAUUCCAGGAGUGGGUCUAUGCGGCUGUUGCUGUCUGGGCUUUUGAUCAUCUGGCUAGAUACCUGCGAAUUCUCUUUUCUGGAGUUAUUUGUAAUGGUCAGUUCUCUGUCGUUGACCAUGAGCACCAGAUUGUUCGUGUUGAAAUUGCCUACUCUAAGCUCUGGAAGGUCUACCCCGGUGCUCAUGUUUUCAUCUACGUCUUGACCCCCUGGAAGUUCUGGGAGUCACAUCCCUUCACCAUCUACCAGUCCCCCAAGGCCAUGGAGAACGGCAACAUUUCCAUCAUGCUCAAAGCCAAGUCGGGCAUGACCCUCAGGAUCUUCAAGCGUCUGCAGGAACAGAACAACUCUGCCAACAUCAAACUUCUUGUCGAAGGCCCCUACGGCCACCAGCUACCAGUGCGAAACUACGACUCGGCUGUGGUUAUUGCUGGAGGAAUUGGAGUGACUGCUACCUACUCCUAUGCCGCUGAUCUGCUCAAAUGUGCUACAACCAAGGCAAUCACUUUCGCCUGGGUCGUCCGAAACGAUGCUGCUAUCGACUGGUUCAAGGAUGAACUCAACUCCCUAUUGCAAGACGAGCGAGUUCACGUCUCCAUCUUUGUGUCUACUCAAGAACCUGAUGACCCGGAGAGAGAUGUUCAUCAGAGAUUUGGCUCCUACUCAGCCUCGGCUUCCUCAGAUGAUGAGGAAAAGACAGACAAGGGUGCUACCACCACAGCCACAGCCAUGGAUAGUACUUCUGACGGAGGCAGCAAAGACACAUCUGUUCGAAGACUGAGGAAGAAGUUGUCGAUCACUUAUGGAACUCGACCUAAGAUGUGUACUGCUCUUCCCCAGUUCCUGAGCUUCUGCGAGGGUCCUACUGCUAUUGUUGUUUGCGGACCUCCUGUUUUCAACGACGACAUUCGACUGGCUGUUUCGGAGUCUCUUCAUACCAAGAACGAGCGAGUUGACUACUUUGAGGAGGCUUUCUCGUGGUAA